UCCUUCCAUCGAUUGUGUUUUGUUCGUUCUGUUGUGUUGAACAGUUGUUUUUUUCGAUUCAUCUUUAAGAAGUUAUUUUUGUUUUCAAAUUUAUAGAACACCACAAAUCACAAUAUAAUUUAGCUAUUUUUUUUUUUUGUGUGUCGUAAUAACCAUAGGCUCACUUUCUAAACUAUGGACAAGGACAACAAUACAAACGAAAAUGAUACUGUAGAUUCUGAACAACUGUUCUUUAAGAUUAAUAACAAACAAGUUGUGUUUAAAACUGACAAGCGAACUGUUGAGAAACUAGACGAUGAAGAGGUGUUGAUGAACUAUAUUAAAGCUAUAAUUAAUUCAAGAAUGUUAAUGUCAAAUGGCCGAAAUUUAAUCAAUUAUCCAGUAAAUAUUACAAGAACGGAUGAUUUGGAUACAUCUAGUUCAUUUAUUGAAUUAGAAGUUUCUACUAUUGUACAAGAUGAUGGUGUUGAAGAACUUCAUUGCGCUCUUUUAAAUGAUGGAUCCUUAAAUGAAACCAAACCUUCAGUUGAAUUUAAAUCUGUUAUUGAAAAUCAAAAUGAUGCAGAAAUCAGUCCAUGGAAUGAAUCAUUAAUAAAUGAAACUUACAUUCCUGAUAGUAGUAUGCCAGCUUUAAAAUGGUCUACAGAAAUGACAUCUUUAUUGAUUGCUUUACGUGGAAGUCUUAAUGAAGAAUUUAAUUCAUCAAAAUAUAAAUUUAAAUUAUGGGAACUGAUUGCACGACGAAUGAGUAGUAGCAUGCCUUCGGUGAAAGUUACUGCUAAAGAUUGCGAUGACAAGUGGAGAAAUAUUGCUGCUACAUACCGUAAAAAUAUUGAAAGAAUUAAAUACAUGGGAGAUUUUAGUGUACGGUGGGAACAUUUUUCUGCUAUGGAUGAAAUUCUUAGAGGUACUGAUGAAUUAAAAAUACCAGACUCCUAUAUUGAGGUGGACAAAAUGAUUGAUCCUGUAAAUAGGACUUCUGAAGUUGACAUCGAUAUUGAUGCAGAAAAUAUCAAAGAAGCCAUAAAUACAGAUUCAAACGAUGAUAUGGAUUAUUUUUUUUUGACUUCAACAACUAAUGCAAAUAAUGAAAUACGAUUAUGGACCCAAGAAAUGAUACUUCUUUUGUUUUCAUUACGACGUUCUAUGGCAGAUCGUUUUGACCAUGCAACCAAAGAAACAGAAAAAGAUCUACUAUGGUAUGAAUUAAUUACAAAAAUGAACAAAAGUCUUGGUGGAAACGCUGACAUUGAAUCAUAUGAAGCAGAGUCUUUAUGGAACCAAUGUGUUGAACAAUAUGAAGAAAAUUUAGAUAAAUUAAAAGCCGAAGGACCUGAAAAUGUAAAAUGGCCUUAUUUUGCCAUUAUGGAUCAAAUGUUAGGUGGUACAAUAGAAAUACCAGAUGCCUGUCAUCCACGUCCGGGUGAAGAUUUGGUGCCUGUUUUUAUGCAGGGUGUUUGGAAACAGUCUGAAGUGCGAGAAAUAUUAAACAAUUACAAAGUUGAUAAUGUUAAUAAUGAUGAAGACUCGGAUGCUAGCGAUGAAAGUGUUGUAGAAACAAAAGCUGGAGUAAAAUGGCAUCCAGAAUUAACCCGUAAGUUAAUACAUUUACGCUCGGAUGCAGAAAAUGAAGUGAAAAAAUGGAUUCGUAAACCAAAUUCAAUAUGGACUGUAGUUCUCAAGAAAUUUCGUCGUAUUGGCAUGGUUUUGUUGACUGAACAAGAUUUAGAGAAUAAAUGGAAUAGUUUAGUAAGAGCAUAUAACCGCAGAGUUGCUGGUAUCAGCAAAAGGUCUAAAACCCAUUGGCCAUAUUUCUAUGGGAUACAAAGUGUGAUGAGUAGUAUUGUUGAAAAUGAAAGUGCUCGUUCUUCAACACUUACACAUGAUGGCAGUAAGUCAGAUCAACCACCUGAAUGGUUUAUUAGUUACAUGAAAAGAAAAGAAGCUAGUGAUUCAUAUAAACAUGAACAGUUGAGAAACAUGCUAGCUGACAUACAACACAGCCAAAUGGAAAAUAGAAGAUUGAUACUUUCUAUUUUUAAGAAGUUAUAAUAAAUAUCCUAGUCAAGUACGGUUAUUCUACAUAAAUGUGAUUAUAGAAACAUAUAUUCUUGUAAAUAUAUUAUACUUUCUGUUAUAUAAGGCUGACAGUUAAAUUUAA